CAUGGUGUUGUCAUUCUCUUGAAAUCCAUGCAUAUUAAGAAGGUCGCGAACUUCCCAUUUCCUACUUCUCUUAAGGCUGCUUCCCUGCUUGAAGCUGAGAAUUGCUUGAAAGCUCUUGAAGCACUUGAUUGCAAGGAUGAACUAACAGUUUUGGGAAAAGCCAUGGCUCAUUAUCCUUUGAGUCCUCGUCAUUCUAGAAUGAUCCUCACUGUUAUUAAAAAUACAAGCCACAGGCAUAAAUGUAAUCAAAGUCUGCUUUUGGCAUAUGCUGUUGCAGCUGCUGCAGCAUUGAGUUUGUCAAAUCCUUUUGUAAUGGAAUACGAAGGAAAUGAUAGCAGCAGAGAUUCAGAGAUGACUGAGAAAUCUAGCAUGGGAGGCAAUGAUAAGGACAUUGAUAAAAAAGAAAAGACAAGGAGAAAGAAACUAAAAGAAGCAUCUAAAGUUGCACGAGAAAAAUUUCGAGUUGUUACCAGUGAUGCCCUAGCCAUAGCAUAUGCCCUGCAGUGUUUUGAACAAGCACAAAAGUCACUGCAAUUUUGUGAGGAUAAUGCGUUGCAUUUUAAAACUAUGGACGAAAUGUCCAAACUUAGACAGCAACUACUUAAACUGGUCUUUUAUCAGAGUGAUAGAGGUGGUUUUGAGCAAGAAUACUCAUGGACUCAUGGAACACUAGGGGAUGUGGAAAAUGCUUGGCGAGUUUCUUCUGCACACUAUCCUCUCUCUCUGGUCGAGGAAAGGCUCAUCUGUCAAGCAAUAUGUGCGGGCUGGGCAGAUAGGGUUGCUAAACGGAUUACAACUUCUUCUAGGGCCACUGAUGGAGAUAUGAUUUCUCGUGCCGGAAGGUAUCAAUCAUGCAUGGUCGAUGAAAGUAUUUUCCUUCAUCGUUGGUCAUCAGUCUCAACUGUACGCCCUGAGUUUUUGGUUUACAAUGAACUAUUAGAGACAAAAAGACCAAACAAAGAAGGGGUGACGAGUGCGAAGAGAGCAUACAUGCAUGGAGUGACAAGGGUGGAACCAGCAUGGCUAGUUGAGCAGGCCGGGUCUUCGUGCAUUUUCUCUCCACCCCUGACGGAUCCAAGACCUUUUUAUGACGUGCAGGCUGACCAAGUAAAAUGUUGGGUCAUCCCAACCUUUGGGCGCUUUUGUUGGGAGCUUCCAAAGCAUUCAUUACCCAUUAGCAAUGAUGAGCAUCGGGUGCAGGUGUUCGCCUAUGCUUUACUUGAAGGUCAGGUGUGUCCGUGUUUAAAAUCUGUUCGAAAGUACAUGUCAGCCCCUCCUGAAAGUAUUUUGAGGAGAGAAGCUUUUGGUCAAAAAAGGGUGGGAAAUCUUUUUAGCAAGUUAAAGAGCAAGUCGAUUGAUAGCUCUGCCACAUUAAGAAUGGCGUGGAAGGAGAAUCCAAGAGAACUAUUUUCAGAAAUUUUGGAUUGGUUUCAGCAGGGCUUUCACAAGCACUUUGAAGAGCUAUGGUUACAAAUGCUUGGCGAAGUGCUUCGGGAGACUCAAGAACACCCUCAGUGUAAAAGUUUUAAAAAAAAGUUGAAAGGAAAAUCUAAAUCACUGCGAUGAUUGCUCCACAGUAUAGUUUGAAGAAACGACCUCCCAAGUCAACUUUAACAUAGCUUCUUUAUCAGUGGAUUUGAGUGAACAAAGACCGAGACCACCUUCAGAGAAAGGAGUACAAAUUUUGUCCCAUGCAACCGUGACAAUCUUUCUGGAAUCGAUAUCUCCUGUCCGAACAAAGUUUGCAGCUAAUGAACCAGUGUCAAUUUUACCAAAGAAAUCGACCUCGGAAAGCAUAUCACAGAUGACAUACUUGAUUAAUCUGAUCCUGCCCAUCAUGGAUAACGUAGACCCUUUCCAAACAGCCAACUUUUAAAUAUUUUAGAAAUCCAUAUUUGACUCCUUUGAUAUUUUUUUAGUUCAUGAUAUUCAAACUCAAUACCUUGGUUAUUUUAUAUCAUUAGGGGAACCAAUUUCCUGGUAGAUAUUUGAUGUAUAAUUCAUAAUGCCUUUUCCUCCUAAACUCCUAACAAGAGUAACUUUCCUUCAUUCUGUUAUCUAUGUUUUGCACAUGGCUUAUAAAAUGGACAAAAUUUAAGUGCAUUUGCUUA